AUUGUCUUGAUAUGAGAAGCUUGCUCAAAUAGCAGGCUUGGCUUGCUCAAACAAGCCUGCUGUGCUUGUUUGGAAGAACUAACCCAUCAACCAGCAGAGAAGCUUGUACUUCUGAAGUGGUCUUAAGGGGCUCACACUUAACCAUUCACCAUAACUGGUGAGAAACAGUUGUUCAUAGUGUAUGCAGACGGCCCAGAAGGAUGACAACUUCUGUCAUGUUCAACACUUCUGAGAAUAUUGAGCUUUUUGUAAAGGAGGAAAUAAAGAUUGAGGCUACUUCACCAGAGCCUGAGUGGCCCCCGCCAUCACCCGCAUCUGAAGAAUGUGCUUCGUCGGACCAUGCUGGGCAGUUUAUCAAACUGGAGAGGAAUGCACAGAGCCGGUCGCCAUCACCAACAGUUGACUUCAAUGGGUUCACAGACUUUGAUCGAGACAGUGCUCACUACAUUGCCGAUACAAAGAUUGACAGCCUAUUGGGAUGCCUGCCAGAUCUACAAGAUACAUCAGAUGCACAUCCCGACGGAAAGGUUCCUAAGAGUCGCCGCAUGGUGAUAAACUACAGAGAGGUGGAUGGUCUGAACGACAACAGCAUGUUCUGUGAGCUGUGCUGCUGUGAUUGGGACGGAGAUUGUCCUGUCCAUGGUCCGCUGAAGGUCAUACAAGACACUAAGGUACCACCGGGAGUCGGGGACCGGAAGAGGGACGUCAAAACUCUGCCGCAUUUCCUCAGCACUGGCCAGUCGAAAAUAUCAGAAUCCAGCACCGGAGUGUGGGCAGAUAAGGAUAUUCCGGCGCGCCACAGACUCGGUCCCUACGAGGGCACCCUAAGUACCGACCGACGACAAGUCCGAACCACCGGGUACAGGUGGAAGAUCAAGAAGGGUGACCGUGUUCAUCACUCGGUGAAUGCCGAGGACCCGAGCUGCAGCAACUGGCUCAGAAGGGUCAACUGUGCCCGCUCGGAGGAAGAAGCGAAUCUGAUUCCCUUCCAGCACAGGGGCCUGAUAUACUUCAGGACAUCAAAGCCCAUCCCGAAAGGGUCAGAGCUGCUGGUGUACUACGGAGACGACUCGGCCCCCCGGGAGCUGACCGUCCACUCGGAGACGUCUGGGGAGGCUGUGACUUCCUCUCCGGCCGGACCGUCAUCUUCAGGUAUCGGGGGCUCUUUCCAAUGCCGUCACUGCGACUACUGUGCUAUGAGACAAGUGCAUCUAAAACUGCAUGUGAAGAUAAGGCACGGCAACAUCGACGGGACCAACAGCUUCCAGUGCGAACGGUGUCAAUACUCCACCGACCAUUGCGGCUGUAUGAAAGACCACCGUAGGACUCACACUGGAGAGCGGCCGUACCGCUGUGACAUCUGUAAUAAGUGCUUUCUUGAGCUUAGUAAACUGACCAUCCACCAGCGCGCACACACGGGAGAGCGGCCGCACCGCUGUGAUAUAUGUGGGAUGUUAUUUCCUCGACCGGGUUCUCUGACUCGGCAUCGCCGUACACACACGGGAGAGCGGCCGUACCGCUGUGAUAUAUGUGGCAAGUCGUUUUCCCAGCAAAAUGAGCUGACCCGCCACCACCGUACACACACGGGAGAGCGGCCGUACCGAUGUGAUAUAUGUGACAAAACGUUUGUUGUAGGAAGUAAUAUGACCGCCCACCGCCGUACGCACACGGGAGAGCGGCCGUAUCGCUGUGAUAUAUGUGACAAAACGUUUGCACAACGGAGUAAUCUGGCCAACCACCGCCGUACACACACGGGUGAUCGGCCCUACCGCUGUGAUAUAUGUGGCAAGUCGUUUUCUCAGCAAAGUGAGCUGACCCGCCACCACCGUACACACACGGGAGAGCGGCCGUACCGCUGUGAUAUAUGUGACAAAACGUUUGCUGUACGAAGUAAUCUGAACGCCCACCGCCGUACGCACACGGGAGAGCGGCCGUACCGAUGUGAUAUGUGUGGUAAAACGUUUACCGUACAAUGGACUUUAACAACCCACCUCCGUACACACACGGGAGAGCGGCCGUACCGCUGUGAUAUAUGUGGUAAAACGUUUGCUGUUCGAUUUAGUUUGACUUGCCAUCGCCGUACACACACGGGAGAGCGGCCGUACCGAUGUGAUACAUGUGGAAAGUCUUUUUUCCAGCAAGGUGCGCUGACCACCCACCGCCGUACACACACGGGAGAGCGACCUUUCCGUUGUGAUAUAUGUGGGAAGUCGUUUUCCAAGGGACGUUAUCUGACCACUCAUCGCCGUACACAUACGGGAGAGCGGCCCUACUGAUGUGACGUGUGCAGGAAGACGUUUACUUUUCUCACUGAUCUAAUAAGACACCACCUGUACAAACGGGAGAGCGUUCGUACCGCUGUGCUACAUAGGGGAGAGUGGGGCACUUUCGUGCAUGGGGCAUUUCGUUUUCAGCAGUUUAUGGGAAAACGAGUGACUGCACGAGCUCAAGGUAAAUUAUGAAAAUAUGUCUAUCAUUGCCGCCCCUCGUGUACUGUAGAAGACGACACUGUUCACUCUAUUCACGGAACUGCUGCAAACUUGUUUGUUGAAAAAGUGUCAUUUUUUCAACAAUAUAUUUUGAAAU